AUGGUAUCCAGCCCAAUUAACAGCAGUAUUGACAAGAAUAUUACUGAUGCGGGUCAGCACAUACUUACCAGAAUUAACCAUGCUCGAAAUUCAAAAGUGGAACUAGUAAUGAGCACAAACCUAAACGAAACCGAAGAAAACGAGAUAAGCGAGAAAAUUUUCGACAGUUUUUUAGCGGCCACGGUCAAUUUUAAAAAUCACACAUGUUUGACCCUUGACGAACUGAGCAUGCGUGAUUGGACAGUAAACAAUUGCUACCAGGAAUUGACCGAGUACCUUCAAGAUGAUCUGCACGCUGAAGUGUUGAUCGGCGAGUUUGCUUAUUCCGAUAUAGGCUUUCACGCAUUAGAUCUAAAAAUUCAUGAUAAGUAA